UUCUGUUUAUAUUUAAAAGAAGAUUGUUGCAGAGUAAUGACUGAUGUUAAGGAAAAGUCGUGUAGGCUUUGCCUUAAAAUUAUAACCGAUGAAAGUUUUGAAAUGAUAGACAACAGUAUCAGAGACAUUUUAUAUGUUCUUUUUCCGACAUUUAAAUUUGAUGGCGAGAGCAAAGAGGUUAUAUGUAACGUUUGCAGAAGAAAGUUAAAUGCGGCGUCAGAAUUUAAAUCGACGUGUCUAAAUACCGAUAACACAAUAAUGCUUUAUGCGGAUAGUGAAAAAAUGUUACAGCUUGACCUAAGAGAAGUGUACAUGCGGGAAAAGAGAAGCGAGUUAGCUGAUAUUUCUUGCGGUCAGAAAAUAUGUCGAUUGUGUAUGCAGCCAAUAGAACGUGAGUUUAGGUGCAUACGUGAAGUGGAACUUGAAGCUAUUGAGAAAUUGGCUCCUGAAAUGAAUAUAAAUAUCGUCAAAGAUCCCACUAUUUGUAAGCCAUGCUUUGUUUCUCUGUGCACUUACAACAGUUUCCUCGAAGAUUGCUCAGAGGUAGAAGAAAAAAUGAAAAGUAUUUUUGGUAGUUCCGCCGCAGGAAGUCAAAUGGAUACGUCUCCACUCGAUUUAUUCGUUAAGACUGAAAACCUGGAUAAAGAAUUUGACGAGAUGAAAAUGUCCAUUAAAGCUGAAUGUGUUGACAUAAAACCGGAAGAUGAGGAAAGAAGCGACACGCCACUUCACACCUCCGAUAUUGUACCAUUCGAGGAGAGUGACUGUAAAAAUGAAGAAGAGGAUGGAUGUAAAGAUGAGAAUGGAUCAGAAGUGAUAACCAAGCAGGAGCACAAAGUAUUGUACAAAUGUGAGAUCCCUUUUACGGCACACUGUGCGAGACGUGAGACAGAUUUGGAAGUUUAUAAAUGUGAAUCGUGUGACUACGAAACUGAAAACAGAAAAUUACUUCAGAAACACCUGUCGAGGCAUAAAGAUCCUUCACAGGUCCAUGUGUACAGGUGUGACGACUGCGACUACAAAACUAGACACAACAGUCACUUCAAACAGCAUCAACUGAAACAUAAAGAUCCUUCGCAGGUUCAAACGUACAGGUGCCACGAUUGCAAUUAUGAAACUAUUCGCAACAGUCAUUUCAAACAGCAUCAACUGAAACAUAAAGACUCUUCGCAGGUUCAAAUGUAUAGGUGUAAGGACUGCGAUUUCGAAACUAAAUACAGGAGAUGUGUCGAAAAAACAAUGACUGAUGUUAAGGAAACGUCGUGUAGGCUUUGCCUUAAAAAUAUAACCGAUGAAAGUUUUGAAGUGAUAAACGACAUUAUCAGAAAUAUUCUAGAUGUUCUUUUGCUGAAAUUGAAAUUUGAUGAUGAGAGCAAAGAGGUUAUAUGUAACGUUUGCAGAAGAAAGUUAAAUACAGCAUUAGAAUUUAAGUCAACGUGUUUGAAUACCGAUAACACAAUUAUUCAAUAUGUGGAUAGCGAAAAAAUGUUACAACUCGAAUUAAGAGAAGUGUACACGCAGGAAAAGAAGAAUGAGUUAGUUUGCAGUCAGAAAAUAUGUCGAUUGUGUAUGCACCCGGUAGAAAGUGAGUUUAGGUGCAUUUGUCAAGAGGAACUUGAAGCUAUUCAGAAAUUGAUACCUGAAAUGUAUGUAAAUAUCAUCAAAGAUCCCGUUGUUUGUAAGCCAUGCUUUGAUUCUCUAUCUACUCACAACAGUUUCCUAAAAGAUUGCUCAGAGGUAGAAGAAAAAAUUAAAAGUAUUUUUGUUAAUUCAGCCACAGAAAGUCAGACAGAUACGUCUCCACUCGAUUCAUUCGUUAAGACUGAAAACUUGGACAAAGAAUUCGAUAUUAAAGAAAUGGAAAUGUCAAUUAAAACUGAAAGUAUCGACAUAAAAUCGGAAGAUGAGGAAAGAAGCGACACGCCACUCCUGAUCUCCGAUAUUGUACCAUUCGAAGAGAGUGACUGUAAAAAUGAAGAAGAGGAUAGAUGUAAACAUGAGAAUGGAUCAGAAGUGAAAACGAGACUGGAGCGCAAAGUAUUGUACAAAUGUGAUAAAUGUAUCUUCGAAACUGAAAGUGAGAUGUGUUUUACGACACACUGUGCGAGACAUGAGAACAAUUUGAGAGCAUAUGAAUGUGAAUCGUGCGAGUACGAAACUGAAAAUAAGAAAUUAUUUCGGAAGCACCUGUUGAAACAUAAAGAUUCUUGGCAAAUUCAAAUGUACAGGUGUAAAGAUUGCAACUAUGAAACUAAACUCAAAAGUUAUUUCAAACGGCAUCAACUAAAACAUAAAGACCCUUCGCAAGUUCAAAUGUACAGAU